AUGGCAUCGGAUGAACUGACGAGGAAACUGCAACGCAGACUGGCCGCGGAGCAUGCAGCUGCCUUGGCCAACCAGUGUGCGUCAGAGGUGAAUCCGGUGAAUCCAAGCGACCCUGUCUCUGAGCCGCUGGAAAAAGCGGUGGUGGGCAUUGUCAAUGAUGCCACAUCGGAACUCACGGCGAAACUCACCCGUAGACUGGACAUCAACGAAGGGAACGCUACUCCCAAACAAGCCAAGGUGUUCAAUCCCUACACGGAAUUCAAAGAAUUUUCACGAAAACAGAUCAAAGACAUGGAGAAAAUGUUCAAACGGUUUGACAGUGGUAAAGACGGCUUUAUAGACCUGAUGGAGCUGAAGCUGAUGAUGGAGAAGCUGGGGGCGCCUCAAACCCACCUGGGCCUGAAAAACAUGAUCAAGGAGGUGGACGAAGACUUUGACGGCAAGCUCAGCUACAGAGAGUUCCUGCUGAUCUUCAGACGUGCAGCGGCAGGCGAGCUGCAGGAUGAAAGUGGUCUGAUGGCCCUAGCCAGACUGUCUGAAAUUGACGUCUCCACAGAGGGUGUCAUGGGGGCGCGGGAUUUCUUUGAGGCUAAGGCAUUGGCUCUGAAGGUGAGUAGUAAGUUUGAGGCUGAGAUCCGAGAGGAGCAGGAGGAAAGGAAGAGAGUGGAUUUGGACAGGAAGCAGAGACGGGCUGCUUUCAAAGAGCUGCAAUCUACAUUCUGUUCAUAAUACUGUAUACACACACACACACACACACACACACUAAAAGAUGCACUCAAAUUCCCCAAAAGGGUAAUAAUUUUAAAGUAGUUCCAAAGAUUUACUGACCUAGAACUUUUUACUGAAUAAAGAGAUAUCAUUCACUUACAAUUAAUUGUUAAUAUCCUUCUCAUUAAUGUUAUUGUAUAAGCUAUUAUACAGAAGAGUGUUACUUAUUGUAAAACACAAGUCAUAACUAUUUUUAAAUGUUUUUCUUUCUUACAUUUGCCAUUACUAAUGACCUUUUUUAUAUGUUCAUUACAGAGGUUUUUGGGGUGCAAUGUAUUGACCAAUUUGUGUAGAAGGCAAAGGAAUUUCACAACAGCUGUGUGAAUUAUUUUUUUUACCACGUUUUUGUUGAAACUUUUAAAACUCAUUCAUUCAUUGCUAUUUAAUAUGACCAUAUUCUAAGUGUUACUAUUAUAUAUCUACCUGUAAUUCAUGUCCUGGUUUGAAGAUGAAGACCAUCUAGCUAUGUAGGCUAUGUUUUAUAGUGUUCUGAAAUUAAAAGGAAUGGAUUUAUUGUAUUUUUCCAUAAAUAAAAUAAUUGUGAUCGCA